AUGGCGACUUUUGCGAAGAAGACGUUUGACGCAGCCAGGUACGCUGCUGCGCGUCCGACUUACCCCACCCAGCUGUACGACUUCAUCUUCGGCUUCCACGCUCGCGACCCGCGCGCGAAAUGGGACACUGCGCUCGAUCUCGGUUGUGGGACCGGCCAAGCGACCCUCGAGCUCGUCCCGCGCUUCGCGCACGUAAUCGGCUCAGACCCCUCAUCGCGCAUGAUCGCACAGGCCACCAAGUCCCUCGACUCCGACUCGCACCUGAAGGCGCGCGUGCGGUUCGUGCAGAGCGCGGCGGAGGAGCUGGGCUGGCUGGAGGACGGAAGUGUUGAUAUAAUCGUGUCUGCGCAAGCUGCGCACUGGUUCGAUUGGACGAAGCUCUGGCCUGAGGCGGUGCGUGUGCUUCGUCCUGGAGGGAGCCUCGCUGUAUGGGGCUACUCGCAGUUCCGGCUUACACACCACCCCUCGUGUACGCCACUCAUUCAUGCCUACUCGCAGGGCACUCAUGCGCUCGGGCCAUACUGGGAGCGCCCCGGACGAACGAUCCUGGAUGAACACCUGCUCGCGAUCCCCAGUCCCUCCGGCGAGGCGUGGGGCGAGUUUCAGCGAGAGUACUUCACAGGCGAUCAUUACCCUUCGCUGCCGGCUUCGCGCCCGGUGCUUCUCAAGACGCGCACGACGUGGGCGGGCGUGCUCGGGUAUCUGCGCACGUUCAGCGCGCUGCACAAUUUCCACGAGGCGCACCCUGAGGAUCUGCAGCGCCCCGAAGGGGACAUCGCGGAGCGAUUCUGGCGGGAGCUGCGGGAGCGGGUCGCGCAGGAUAAGGGCGCGGAGGCGGAAGGCGAGGAGGACGAGGUGGAGAUUGAGUGGCCCAUGGCGCUCUUGCUCGCGCGGAGGGCGUGA